AUGACGCCCGACCUCCCCCCCGGGCUCAGCGAGCAAUACACCCACCACCUCGCCCAGCAGCUCCAAGCCCACCUCUCCACCCCCACACCAAACACCUACCUCGCCGCCAACAUCAUCAAGAUCGCGCGCGACCAGCCCGGGCCCAAGACGUUCAUUGCCGCCGUGCAGACGCUCGGAAAGUACACAGACGACUUUCUCGCGGGCGUGUACGACGAGGUCAAGCAGCGCGCGCGGUACGAGCUGGCCCAUGGCAGCAGCAGCAGCAGCAGCAGUGAGAUGCCCGGGGGGCUGCUUGUCCCGCGUAGGGAUGAGGCUGCGGCGGCGGGGGGGAAGAAGGAGAGUAGGUUAGGCUUGGAUAGGCUGGCGAAGCGGAUUAGGCUGGAUCUAGAGGGGGGGAGAGAUGGCGAGAAGAAGCAGGAGGAGGUGAAGGAGGUGGUGGAGUUUAAGAAGCCGGCGCUGCCGGUGGGGAGACAUAUCAGGGAGCGGAGGAUGGACACGCCCUCGCACGGCGGCGGGCUCUCGCAGGCUGCGCGCGAGAAACUGAAUGCCCACCGCGCCCGCCGCCUCGGCGCCAGCAAUGAUGACCGGGACCGCGACAGAGGCAGCAGAGACGACCGAGACGGCGGCGGCGGCAGCAGACGGACCGACUACGCCUACCGCGACUCCAAAUACACCCCGCAGAACCUCCGCCGCCACGACCCCACGCCCCUCCGCGACGCCACCCGCUACGCCAACGCCCGCCCAUCCACCGCGCGCUCCUCCCGCUUCGGCAACGCCACACCUCGCAUGCCGUCCACCUUUGACCGCGACCCCGACGAGGAGGCCGGGCCAGGCGUCAUCAGCGCCGAGGACGACAGCGCGCUCGACCGCGACUGGUAUGCCAGCGACGAGCUGGGCCACGCCUUUGGCGACGAGACACACAACCCGUUUGGCAGCGCCGACAACACGUGGGCCGACCAGCAGCGCGAGCAGGCGCUGCUCGAGAAGAAGCAAGGCAAGCGCAUGAGCGCGCGCGCGCAGCAGAAGAUGAAGGAUGUGGACGCGUGGGAGACGAACCGCAUGCUGACCAGCGGCGUGGCGCAGCGCGCGGACUAUGGCGAUGACGAGCUGGACGAUGAGGAGGAGGUGCGCGUGCAUCUGCUGGUGCACGAUCUGCGCCCGCCGUUUCUGGACGGCAGGAGGGUGUUUACGAAGCAGUUGGAUCCGAUCCCGGCGGUGCGGGACCCGCAGAGUGAUAUGGCCGUGUUUAGUCGCAAGGGCAGCACGCUGGUGAAGGAGAAGCGCAUGCAGCGCGAGCGCACCAAGCAGGCGCAGGAGGCGACGAAUAUUGCGGGCACGGCGCUGGGGAACGUGUUGGGGGUGAAGGACGAUGACGAUACGGACUCUGCUGCUGUGCUCGCUGCGGACAGCGCCGAGGGGGAUGGGGGGGGCAGCAACAAGUUCUCGGAGCACAUGGCGAAGCAGAAGCCGCAGGAGGGGGGGGGGAGUGAGUUGACAAAGGGCAGGACGCUGCGGGAGCAGCGGGAGUUCCUGCCGGCGUUUGCGGUGAGGGAGGAGGUGUUGAGGGUGAUUAGGGAUAACCAGGUUGUGGUUGUGGUGGGCGAGACGGGGAGUGGGAAGACGACGCAGUUGACGCAGUUUCUGUAUGAGGAUGGAUAUGGAAAGAAUGGCAUGAUUGGGUGCACGCAGCCUAGGAGAGUCGCGGCCAUGAGUGUGGCAAAGAGGGUCAGUGAGGAGAUGGAGGUCAGGCUGGGGGGACUGGUGGGGUAUGCGAUCCGUUUUGAGGACUGCACGAGUGAUGAGACGGUGAUCAAGUACAUGACCGACGGCGUCCUCCUCCGUGAAUCCCUCGUCGACCCCAACCUCGACAAGUACUCCUGCAUCAUCAUGGACGAAGCCCACGAGCGCGCCCUCAACACCGACGUCCUCAUGGGGCUGAUCAAAAAGAUCCUCGCCCGCCGCCGCGACCUCAAGCUCAUUGUCACCUCCGCCACCAUGAACGCCGAGCGCUUCUCGCGCUUCUACGGCGGCGCCCCGAACUACGUCGACGCCGCCGUCAAGCAGGUGCUGCAGAUCCACGUCGGCCAGGGCGCAGGCGACAUCCUCGUCUUCAUGACGGGCCAGGAGGAUAUCGAGAUUACGUGCGACGUGAUCGCGGAGCGCCUCAAGCAGCUCAACAACCCGCCGAAGCUCAACAUCCUGCCGAUAUACUCGCAGAUGCCGGCGGACCUGCAGGCCAAGAUCUUUGAGCGCGGCGAGGGCGGCGCGCGGAAAGUCAUUGUCGCAACCAACAUCGCCGAGACGUCGCUGACCGUCGAGGGCAUCAUGUAUGUUGUCGACGCGGGCUUCUCGAAGCUCAAGGUCUACAACCCACGCAUGGGCAUGGACGCGCUGCAGAUCACGCCCAUCUCGCAGGCGAACGCGUCGCAGCGCUCCGGGCGCGCCGGCAGAACGGGGCCGGGGAAGGCGUACAGGCUGUACACGGAGCAGGCGUUCCGCAACGAGAUGUACCUGCAGACGAUCCCCGAGAUCCAGCGCACGAACCUGAGCAACACCGUGCUGCUGCUCAAGUCGCUCGGCGUGCGCGACCUGCUCGAGUUUGACUUUAUGGACCCGCCGCCGCAGGACACCAUGACCACGUCGCUGUUCGACCUGUGGGCGCUCGGCGCGCUCUCGAAUAUCGGCGACCUCACGAGCCUCGGCAAGACGAUGGCAAACUUCCCCAUGGAGCCCAGCUUGUCGAAGCUUAUCAUCAUGAGCGUGGACUAUGGCUGCUCCGAGGAGAUGCUGACCAUCGUGUCGAUGCUCUCGGUGCCGAGCGUGUUCUACCGCCCCAAGGAGCGGCAGGAGGAGAGUGAUGCGGCCCGCGAGCGCUUCUUUGUCGCCGAGAGCGACCACCUGACGCUGCUGCAUGUGUACACGCAGUGGAAGAGCAAUGGGUACUCUGACCGGUGGUGCGUGCAGCACUUUCUGCAGCCCAAGGCGCUGCGGCGCGCGAAGGAGAUUCGCAACCAGCUGAUGGACAUCAUGAAGUUCCAGAAGAUGGAGCUGAGCAGCUGCGGCACCGACUGGGACCUGAUCCGCAAGUGCAUCUGCAGCGGGUACUACCACCAGGCGGCGAAGGUGAAGGGCAUCGGCGAGUAUACGAACCUGAGGACGAGCGUGACGGUGCAGUUGCAUCCGACGAGUGCGUUGUAUGGGUUGGGAUAUCUGCCGGAUUACGUCGUCUACCACGAACUCAUCCUCACCUCCAAAGAAUACAUGUCCACGGUCACCGCAGUGGACCCGCACUGGCUCGCGGAGCUGGGCGGCGUGUUCUACAGCGUCAAGGAGAAGGGCUACUCUGCGCGCGAGCGCCGCACCACCGAGAACGAGAUCAACAAGAAGAUGGAGAUCGAGGCCAAGAUGGCCGAGGACAAGGCGCAGCAGGAGGAGGACCUUGCCAACGCGCGCGCGAGGGAGGAGGCCAUGGCGGCCAGGGGGCUGAAGAGGCCCGCUACGAGUGCCGUGGUCAGGAGACCGGGCACGGCGGUGGGGGUUGUGAAGAGGCCGAUGACGCCGAGUUUGAGGAGGAGGGGGUUUUAA